AUGGCUCCGAAACAUAAUCAGUGGCCACACUUGCGCUCGGAGGAGCUGACCCUCCUCGAGUACUCUACGGAUGACCCACGCGAUGUGGUGACGCUAUCUGACAAGGAAACCCUGAUCCUGCAGCUCGCCGAGCAGAUUCAGGAACAGCGAUUAGAAAAGGCGUUACUUGAACAAGAACCAGAAUCCCUCUCAGGCGACAAUGUAGAGGAGGAGCUUGCGAUCGCGGAACGCGAGUUUCUAGAAUCGAGAGCCACAUACACGGUCAGGAGGAAAGCACUACGAAUGGUCCUCGUGACUGACCCGAUCCUGAAAGCCGUUCAUCUGAAAGCGACUACCCCCCCUGAAAAGGCACUGCUCCGCCUCGUCAACCGCCGCGACGAGCUCGCGCUCGCGCACGAGAAUCUAGCAUCCGUCCAAAAUGCCGUCCUCAAACAGCUUUCCAACUCCGGAGUGAAGAAUCUACAGAUAAAUAGUGAAAACCAGGAGCUAGUCAGCCAGCUCCUGGAGCUUACGAAAAACGAUUCAACCUGGCGCGAAAGACUUCAAGACGCCAAACUCGCAUCACAGCUUGACGAGCUUGAAAAGGAACAUAGAACCAGCAAGGCCAAAUGGGAGACAAUGAAGAAUAUUGCAAGCGCAAUGGUGGUUGGUAGCGGACUUGAUUGGGCCGAUGACGAUCAUCUACGAGCUCUUGUUCUAGAUGAGAGCGAUGAUUAG